AUGUGGUGGUUCUUUCGCAUCGUCUCCAGCUCCAUCUUCCUGCUGAGCAUCGUCCUCUCGAUACCCAUAUCCUUCGAUGUAGGCGGACGCGAUAGCGGCCUGGCGUACAGCCUGUCGCUCUUCAUAUUCUACUUCCUCUACAGCUCCAUUCAACUCGCAACUCCCGAGAGGUCGCGCGUACGAUGGAGUCUGGGCAAGAUUAUGCAGACGGCACAGUGGGUCGUCAUACCCUCUCUGCUGAUCUGGUCGUUACACCGCUUCGCUGUUGAUGCGAAUAGCACCGAUUGGGUGUCGAGGACGGUUAGCGGGCUUAGUGUGCGUAAGCACAAUACCUGGUCGGACUAUUUCUUUGGGAAUGGGGGACUAGUGGAAAGUGUGUCAAUUGGCGGUUGGGACAAGACACUGCGAUACUCGAGUCCAGUCUUCCAACUUCUAGAGGGUUUCUGUACCCUGCUGGUCAUCCAGGCAGCCGGUCAAAUCACCAAAUGGCUGGCUAACAGAGGGAGGAGUGAUACUUGGGUGCUGAUCCUCCUCAUCAUCUCUGCGUCCGUCAUCGCCAGCGCUGUCUACUUCCUUUGGCGGGUAGCUCUAUUCCCGUCCAUCAACAACAUCGAUGCUACUCUCAUCGGCGUAACGGUGACCUCGACCGUCUUCCUGUGUGCUAUGGGUAUAAGCACAGGUCGCGGCAACCCCGUCGAGUCGUCACUUCUUUUCGCCUAUGUUGUUCUCUGCAUAUACCAAAUAUUCACAGACUACGUCCAAUCAGCAGAAGCGGCAAGAGCCGCUGCCGAGCAAGCUGCUAGCCAACCCGACUUUCCACCACUCCCGCCCAUCAUCAUGGCCAGCUACUCGACCCUCCUUCAUAUGCUCGGCUCAUUGCCUUCGGCCGUGUACUCGUCUCUGAGCUUCCUGCACGCCGCAUUCCAGACCAUUGCACCAUCCGUCAUGAUCUCCCUCACUUACCGCACCAUAGUAUUCUACUGCGCCACUCGCAUCAUCCCAGCGAUAAGGGAGUCAGGCGCCCGGGCUCUCCUAGAUGAGCCCACUCUAGAUGAUUCGGACGGUGCAAACCGCUUACUAGGCUUCUUGUCCUGGUUUUCACCUUCACUUCUCAUUGCCGUUUACACCAGUUUGUUACUUCAACACUUUUCGACAAAUGGGGACGACGGUUGGACCCUUCAUGAUGGAGACGCAGGGGGUAAUGUCUGGCGUUGGAUCAACGUGGCAGGAACGAUGGGGUUGUAUGCGAUCGAGCUGUAUAUCGGGCAUGACGAUGUGGAUGGCGGCAUGGUGAACCACUGGAAGUCGGACUGA